UUUUAUGCUCUUUCAUAUGUCUGGGUUGAACCCACCUCGAAACCACAGGAAAUUCUCAUCGACGGCAAAAGCAUCCCAAUCACUCAAAACUUAUAUGACGGGCUUCAAGCUCUGCAGAAGAAGGUCUACGGUCUAGUUCGAAUUUGGGCAGAUGCUUUGUGUACCUGUCAAGAAGAUGUGGUUGAAAGGUCUGCACAGAUCAUGUUGAUGCGAGAGAUUUACCAUUCUGCAAGUGAAGUGGCAAUCUGGCUAGGAGGUAACUCUGACGACGGAAGACGGGCCUUCAGGUUCAUCAACGAUCUGACU